AUGUCUAGUGUGACCAUCGACAACGACGAGCCCACUUCGGGUCGUAUGGGGGCUGAUAUGAGCUUGCUGCGCCUUUUCUUCGGGGAUCAAUCCUUUGAAGAAGUGGAACGAGCAGAUGCCGAAGAGAACCGCAAGACGCUACGCGAAGAAUACCGCCAUCAUAUGAAGCGUGACCUGUCUCUCCCGUCUCAUGAUAGUCUGACUAGCAUUGCCGUACCGGGGGAGUUAGUAAUGACGCUAUCUACCUGGCUCAAGGCCAAUCCCGGAAACCUCGCGGAGUGCCCCACCCGAAAUUACAGCCCCGAGGUCGUGGAAAUACUAGCUGAUGCCCUCUUCGACCCAGAGUACAAACUCCCAGAUGUAGUUCUUUACGGCGAGACAGAGACAGAGUUCCACCUGCAAGUGUACUUCUGUGCGGUCGAAAUGGGUAUGCAGAGUCUCCAGGACUUCGCUUUCAAGUUCAUGAAGGCUGCCCUUAGAGAAGAGGGACUGGCGCCUGAAGAGCUCAGGAACUCGUGUCGCAAUCAUGGACUGUUCGACUGGGAGUUCUGCGAGCAGGCGAAGACGAUACCUCAACAUCACAUGAUCAUGUGCAGUUUCGCUACUCACAUCGCCAUUCACGAAGACGAAUAUGUGGGAAACUCCGUGUACGCCAGUCUGUUGCUUGUUACCAAAGGAUGGCUGGCGUACUACGUUAACGCCGUUAGGGGCGACGUUCAACGUUACAUUGAGGCCCUGAGGAGGGAUGGGAACACGAUUGCUGUUGGUCGUUAG